AUGGGUGUGUGGCGGCGCUGUGACGGCUGUAUUGAGGGUCGGCAUGGGUUUGUGGUGGCGGUGACAACAGUGGAGAGUGUGGGCACGGGGAUAGUGCGCGACGACACGGGCUAUGUGACCUUCCCCGUGCGCUACCAGUGUGUCGUGUUCCGGCCGUUCAAAGGGGAGAUUCUGGAGGGGGUGGUCACCACCGUCAACAAGAUGGGCUUCUUUGCUGAAGCAGGCCCCGUGCAGAUAUUUGUGUCCAACCAUCUCAUUCCUGACGACAUGUCCUUCACACCUGGCGACAUCAACAGCUACCAGACAGAAGACGGCACGGUGAAAAUCCAGGCGGACAGUGAGGUGCGGCUGAAGAUAGUGGGCACGCGGGUGGACGCCACAGAAAUU